UUGUGGCUGCGUGGAGCUUCAGCUGCUCAGGUUCUUAGCUAUGGAUUUGUGAAGCUAGAGGUGUGGAUAUCAUACUUAUCAAUAACAGUUAGUGCUAACAUCUCCAGUUUGACGAGUGAACUAGUUAUUUUUUAAAGUUAAGAGGAAUUCUUAUCUGUUGUGGGAUACAAUUUUGAUGCCCUGCUGAUCUAUAAUGAGGAAAUGGUUACUGGGUUCACUAGUGGUCAGUCUGGUCCUGAUGCACAUCAGAGGCCAGAAUCAGAAAGACAUUCAAGCUGGUUGUAGUACCACUCCAAAUGACCUGGUGUACAUCAUCGAUGGCUCCUCAAGCCUGGGAGCCGCAGACUUCGAAACGGCCAAGCGCUGGCUCAUCAACAUCACCAGCGGCUUCGACGUGAGCUUGCGGCACACCCAAGUGGCCGUGGUCCAGUACAGUGACACGCCGCGCCUGGAGAUCCCACUGGGGAGGCACCAGGACACUCAAGAACUCCUCCGGGACAUCGGCUACAUCUCGUACCUGGGAGGCAGGACCCAGACGGGUCGUGCCAUCAAGUUUGCCAGCCACCACGUCUUCCCGUCGUCUAACCCCACGGUGAAGGCCACCAGAAACCGCAUCGCCGUGAUACUAACCGAUGGCCGUUCGCAGGACGAUGUGGUGGAUCCUGCCAUGGACGCCAAGGCUCAGGGCAUCGCGCUGUUCGCCGUGGGUGUGGGGAAUGAGAUCACCAACGCUGAGCUUGUGUCUAUGGCUACCAAGCCCUCGUCGACUUACGUGUUGCAUGUGGAGGACUACACCUCCAUCGGGAGCAUUAGGGAGGCGAUGGAACAGAAACUGUGUGAGGAGUCCGUGUGUCCGGUGCGGAUUCCCGGUACGGUGAACGGGCAGAAGGGCUUUGAUCUCAUGAGCCUAAUGGGGAUUGUUGAGGUUGCAAAAAAGGUCCAGGGAUCACUAGUUUCGGAAGCGGCGUACCUUCUGAGCCCUCAUCUGGACGUCACUCGCAGUACCAGAGAGAUCUUUCCAGAAGGGCUCCCUCCUUCGUAUGUGUUUGUGGCCACACUGCGUGUGAAAAGCCCAGCUCACCACAUGAAGUUUGACCUCUGGAGGGUGCUGUCUCAGGACAGGAUCAAACAGGUUGCCGUGACAUUGAAUGGAGCGGAGAAGUCGGUCACCUUCACCAGCACUAGUGCCUUGAAGAAAGAACAGACUGUCAUAUUCAAUGACCGGGGAAUUAAGAGGCUUUUCGACACGGACUGGCACCAGCUGAAGCUGUUAGUGAAGCCCAAACGCAUCACCUGUUACCUAGACGACACACAUGUGGAGGAGCAGCUCCUGGAGCCAGUGGUUUCCAUCUACAUCAAUGGCAAGACACAGGUGGCCAAAAAAGUCAACAUAGAAACCACUGUGCCAGUGGUCCUACAGAAGCUGCGGCUCUACUGUGACCCUGUGCAGAGCCAGCGUGAGGGUGCCUGUGAGAUCUACUCCGUGGGGGACGACAGGUGUCCUGCGGAUCGCGCUGCUGCUGUGGAAGGAUGCGACUGCCCCGGCGGUAAGCCUGGCCAACCAGGCCUUCCUGGAUCUAUGGGAUUUAGGGGUGAGAAGGGCCGAGAGGGUCCUCCAGGUCCUGAUGGAAAGCCUGGGAAGCCAGGAGAAAAAGGGGCACUUGGACAGGCCGGAAGAGAUGGCGAGAAAGGUGAGGCAGGUCGACCAGGGCCAAAGGGAAAGAGAGGAUUGACUGGUGCCAAAGGGGAUAUGGGAGCGAAAGGACCUCCAGGAAUACCGGGCCCCCCUGGACCAGUGGGCCCUGGACUGUCUAUGUGGGAUGAUUCUAGAGUAGAAGAAAGCAAGGAAACCUCAGGACAGCCAGGAGAGGCGGGACCACCGGGAAGACCGGGAUCAGUGGGGGAGCCUGGGCUAUCUGGUAAAGAUGGACUUCCUGGCCUAGCUGGACAGAAGGGUGAGAAGGGAGAUCCUGGUGUGUAUGGAAUGGAUGGACAGAACGGUAUUCCAGGCAUCAGAGGGCCUCCAGGAGAAAUGGGGCCAGUUGGACCACAGGGUGAAAGAGGUUUGCCUGGGCACCAGGGUUCAACUGGACCAAAAGGACCUCAGGGACCUCCAGGCCCAGUUGGAUCACCUGGGGCAGAGGGUCCUUCUGGUCCAAAGGGGAACACUGGACAGCGAGGGCACGAAGGUUUACCAGGACCACCCGGCUCUAAGGGCUUAGAUGGACAUCCUGGUCCACAGGGCCCUCCAGGCUUUAGGGGCCCAACGGGUUUAAAUGGCCAUAAGGGUGAGACGGGAGAGCCCGGUAUUAAAGGAACUCAGGGAGAAAAAGGCAGUGGAGGAUUGCCUGGGGUCCCUGCAAAACCUGGUGAGCCGGGACUCCGGGGGAGCAAAGGAGAGCGAGGAAUAGCUGGGGAUCCGGGAAUCCGAGGGCCUGAUGGGAAAAAGGGAGAAAUGGGUGCGAUGGGUCCAGCAGGCCCAAGAGGCUUCCCAGGCCAAGUCGGGUUGCCAGGACAACCAGGACUCCCAGGUUACCCAGGGAAACCAGGAAAGCUGCCAUCAGAGCAGCACCUGAUGAAGAUCUGUGCUUCAGUUCUACAGAAUCAACUACCACAGCUCCUUCAGGUGAUGUCACCCAGCAGCUGCCAAAAAUGUGAGACGAUUAAGGGGCCCCCAGGUGACCUGGGGCCCCCUGGACCCCAGGGCUCAACUGGAACGCCGGGCUAUCCUGGCAGGCCUGGAGCGCAGGGAUACCCAGGACCGCCAGGGAUGAUGGGCCCAGAGGGAGCCAAAGGUGAAGUUGGAUCCAUGGGCAUGAAGGGUGCCAAAGGAGAGGGUGACAUCGGUCUACAGGGUCCACCAGGACCACCAGGUAUUCAGGGUCCUCGUGGAGACGCCGGAGAGGGAUACGCAGGGCCCCCAGGGCCCACAGGGAAACAUGGCUCACCCGGGAUCCCGGGCAAAAGGGGCCCCCCGGGAGCACCAGGCAUUUGUGACCCGUCCUCUUGUUACCAGGGUUACGGCCUCCCAGACAACCACUUCACCAAAGGUCCCAACUUUUAGCAUGCUGCUUUACGCUCCACCCACAGGACGGCUAAAGGCACCCGCAACCCUGUGUGGUGCCCUGUGCUGAACUUCAAGGCAUCCUGGCCUCAGUCUUUGUGCCCUUGAGCCCCAAUAGUUGGCUAACUGUUUGAAGUUCCUUGAGCGUAUCCAUUUUUUUUCUUCAGAUUAAUUACUACACUUGAUAUUAACCUCUGUGCUCUUUACCCUGAAUAGAGGGUCAACUGUCUGAAACUGCUUGUGUGUGUAUUAGUUUUUACUUGAGAUUAUUUGUCACACUUCUUGUUUUUGUUUGUUUUUUGUUUAGUUUUUUUUUACAUUUAGAAUCUAAUGUAAAAUGCAAACGUGCUUUGCGGCAGUCUUAAAUAUCCCAACAGUAUGUGCAGUUGCAGUGCAAUACAAUACACAAGAGUACUCUUGACAUGUACUUUAGGGCCCAGUAGUUUGGGUGCACUGGAGUUUAGCCAUUUAGCAAAGUUGAUGCUGGGAUCGUUUUCAGCCUUGAACUGUUUCACUAUGCUCCUCUGGCAUUGUUACUAACAGCUGGAAAACAUUUUUUUUCCAAAAGCUCCUUCCUGUAGUGCUAGCAGUAGCAAUGGUAAUGCACAGAGGACCAGACAAAUGGAGUCAAUAUGUGGUCUAACACCUCCUAUUGACAUCAUUAAGUUUGGGAAAACUGUGUUUGGACCAUACAUGUGUAACAUUGGAAUGAAAUACACAGCACCUCACCUCCCCCUCCAAAAAACCCCCCCCAAAAAACCCAAGGAAACCCACAAAAAACAACAAACAGCAUAUGAAGAUGUAUUUCAGUGUCAUAGAUUUUUAUUGGUUAAAAACAAAUUUAUUGGUUUUAAAACAAUUUGGAAUUUACGUGAUAAAAUGAGAACAACUCUUGGCAUUGGGCUCUGACGUCUGGGCUCUACUGAAGUGAAAGAAAUUUUCAGCUGAAAACAAAACAUUGUAGCAAAGCUUUUCUAAGCAAAGACAGCAAGUUUCAUGUUCAGUCAUUUUGUCAAGGUCUGUCUGCCCGCACCACAGUUGUGAUCUCACAUUGGUACCCUCAAAUGAAAAUCUGUCUUUCAGAAUCACGUUCCAUUGCAAAUAGACAUACGCGUUGCACUGCCUUUAUAAAGCUACCUCUGACUAGAAGUGAAGUAGUCUAUUAGCUGGACUGUAAUGUUAAAAUAAUUUGCUGGUUGACUUCUGAGACUACUUGUGCUCAGAUUUUUCCCUCUGUUUUCUAAAAACACAUCCAGAAUCCUCGUAUUUUGUGUAGGAUGGAUCCAUGUCUAAAGUUUACUGUUUGUGUUUUGUGGACUACUAUGUUUGAUGGUUCUGAAUGUUUGAACACAUUGUGUUUAAAGCUCUCCAAUGCAGCUAUGCUGUUUUAGUAGUUCUAUUGGUCACCCCUGUCUGUUAAACUGAAUGAAUCAGGAACUGAUGUUUCUAUUUAUUGCCUUGCUUUAAUGCAUGCACUCUUGAGACACCCUCUUUUUGAUUCGGAGUGUUUUUUGUUUUUUUUUUAAAAACAAAAUGUCAUUUGUGAUUUUUUUUUAGUGUCAUUUGUGAUUUUUU